UCAUUUUUUAAUGUCAAACAUUUUUGUUUUCUCGCUAAAUACACCAAAAUAAAUUGCAAUAGAUUUAAAAUAAACUAAACAAUAAAAGUGCAAGAUUUAAUAACUGUGAAGUAUGUUUUCUUCGUCAAAAAUUUUAAGAGUAAUGGGGCAGACGUUGUCGGAGCCGAUCACAGAGAAGCAGUCAUCGACAUGCCAGGACUCGAGGUACCUUGUCGGUUCCUCCUGCAUGCAAGGUUGGAGGGUCUCUAUGGAUGAUUCGCAUACACAUAUACUGUCGCUGCCGGAUGACCCUGGUACCGCUUUCUUUGCUGUUUACGAUGGCCAUGGUGGGGCAAAUAUAGCAGAGUAUGCGGGCAAGCAUCUACACAAAUACAUCACUAAUCGUCCAGAAUAUCAUCUUGGUAAUGUUGAAGAAGCACUGAAACAGGGGUUCCUGGACCUUGACCAGGCGAUGCUGGAAGAAGACCUGCUGCAGGAGAAGGUGGCUGGUAGCACAGCUGUGGUAGUGCUUAUUAAAGACAAUGUAGUCUAUUGCGCCAAUGUUGGUGAUUCACGAGCUAUCGCCAGUGUCAAAGGAACGGUGGAGGUAUUAUCAUAUGACCACAAGCCUAAUAACGAGGAGGAGCUCCGCAGGAUCACAGCUGGUGGAGGCUGGGUUCAGCUCAACCGAGUGAAUGGUAACCUUGCUCUGUCCAGAGCACUCGGAGAUUAUGUCUUCAAGAGGAACUAUAGAUUGACCGCUCAGGAACAAGUUGUCACUGCAUACCCAGAUGUGAUUGUACGACCAUUGACUGAAGACUGGGAGUUUAUUGUUAUUGCAUGUGAUGGUAUUUGGGAGGUCCUGUCAAAUGAUGAGGUGUUGUCGUUCUGCCGCGCGCGGCUGCUGAGCGGCUGGGCGCCGGCGGCGGUGUGCGAGGCGCUGAUGCAGCGCUGCCUGGCGCCCAACUGCGCCACCGGCGGCCUCGGCUGCGACAACAUGACCGUGCUGCUGCUCUGUCUCCUCCCCUUCCCCAGGAUAGAUGCCAUCGAGACUGUACCAGCGGAACAACUUCUAAAUAAUAAGUUUAUGACGAACGAGGAUUUGCUUUAUAUGGAAGAGGAAGAAGACCUUAAAUGAAAAAUACGAUGUUUUCAUUGUAAAUGUAUGUAAAUAAAAUAGGAUUACGGCUUUGAAAGUCGUAAAGUUUAGAAUUUUGGGGGUAGACGAAAAAAGUUCCUGAAGAUGGUGAAAAAAUUAGCUCUGUAUCGUGUGAUUUUAGAUUUUUUUUCACUUAACGGCUAGUCGUGAAGCUAAAUGCAGGUGUAAGCCUUUUUUCCACUGAUGACAACUUGUACAGAAUUAUAAGAGUGCAGAUUUGCGAUUAGCUGCUAAGUGAAAAAGGAUAUUAGUUGUUUGUAUAUUGUGGUUUCUUUAAGUUACCUUGGAACUUGAUACAAAUUGCUAUCUCAUUUUAUUUCUUUAAAAAAAAACAACGAUACUUUUUUUGUACUUUUUAGACUGUGGCAAUUCAGGAGUGUCUAGUUUUAACAUGGCAAUAUUUUUUUUAUUGAAAAUGUCUAAAUUGGAAUGAGGAUUAUUUUUUUAUUAUU